AUGGCUGCUCAGGGUUCUCCUGAUUUCGCUAGUCUUUAUGAAUUGAAAGAAGAACUUGGACGUGGAGCCUUUUCUGUAGUUAGAAGAUGCAUUCAGAUAUCAACAAACCUCGAAUUUGCUGCCAAAAUUAUUAGUACUAAAAGACUAGCCACUCGCGAUAUGCAAAAGCUUGAGAGGGAGGCUCGUAUCUGCCGUCGUCUCAAACAUUCAAAUAUCGUCCGAUUGCAUGACUCAAUCCAGGAUGAAAAUCACCAUUAUCUUGUCUUUGACUUAGUCACUGGAGGUGAACUCUUUGAGGAUAUUGUCGCUAGGGAAUAUUAUAGUGAAGCAGAUGCAAGCAAUUGUAUGAAGCAGAUUCUUGAAAGCGUCAACUAUUGUCAUCAAAAUAAUAUUGUCCAUCGCGAUUUGAAGCCGGAGAACUUGCUUCUGGCUAGCAAAACUCGUGGAGCUGCAGUCAAAUUGGCGGAUUUCGGUCUGGCAAUAGAAGUACAGGGUGACCAAUUCGCCUGGUUCGGUUUUGCUGGAACACCGGGAUAUCUCUCACCUGAAGUUCUCCGAAAAGAACCUUAUGGGAAACCUGUGGACAUUUGGGCUUGUGGUGUAAUUCUCUACAUUCUCCUGGUCGGUUACCCACCCUUUUGGGACGAUGACCAAAACCGUCUCUACAAUCAAAUCAAGUCAGGAUCUUACGAGUAUCCUCCUCCUGAAUGGGAUACAGUGACGGCUGAGGCAAAGAAUUUGAUCAACUCAAUGCUCACAAUGAACCCUACGAAACGUAUCACCGCCGCCGAGGCUCUCAAGCAUCAAUGGAUCUUCCAACCUGAACGCGUGGCUUCUAGUAUGCACAGACAGGAGACCGUGGAAUGCCUGAAGAAGUUCAAUGCAAAGAGAAAACUCAAGGUAAUAUAUUCUGCUUUUCCCUUACUUUAUUUACUUUGA